AAGUACCAAACGGCAAAUUGCUUCACCAGCUGUAAGUCACUCUCCAGGCCGCGACGCGAACGCACGGUAGCGCUCGUCUGUUUGGGAUUUUCAUGAUUUUCCUGAAGGCAGCGCCGGAAAAUAAAAACGCCCGCCUCCCCCACCAGUGCAUCCAGUAAAUAGAUUUCAUUUAUUUUGCAAGACUCGUCGUUCGGACGCUACGGAAAUCUUUGCCCUGCGCGAGCCUCGUCGAAAGAAGCAGUGUUAUUCAGUGUUCGUGGUGUAUGUGCUGCUCAAUAAAUUGGAUAAAAGCCCGCAGAAAUUAGAGAUAAAAGUGUGGUGCUGGAAGAGCUGGAGCGAGGACGCCACGAGAUCCAAUAGAAAGCUUCUGAGUUGUUGUCGUUGCCCUUUGUUUUGGUCCCCCUGUUUGUUUACGCGUCAAGAGCGAGAGUCUCCGACUUCCCGUUGUGUACAGUGCUGAUUCGCGAAUGGUGCACCAGAACCUGUAACGUCCGCCCCUCGUCCCCCCGCCCGCGACCUGCUUCGAGUCCCAGCCCCGCCUUCGGGGCCCAUCAGGUGGAAGUGCAGCAGGAAGUGUGAGGAGCGGAACGAUGUGAUGUCCCCACGAAUCCCGCUACCGUCAGCCAAAGCAAACAUCCCGAUCCCCAAUAUUAACUGCAACAACCGCGCGGCCCGGACGCCGAAGAUGUCACGGAGGUCGCGCUCACAUCUGCAUCUGCAUCUGCCUCUGGUGCUCCUGCUGGUGCUGCAGAGCACAUGCUUGCUGCCAGCGGAAGCUGCCGCGGAGGGCGGCGGGGGAAAGCCAAGAGCUGACUAUUUUCCUGCCACUCACGAGUUCUCAACUCACUCUGUGAUACGACCCAAGGUGCAACAUGGGCGCACUAAGCGCAGCCUGCUAUCCACCCUGGAUGCCACCGACGGCCUUCACACGCCGCAAAUCAGCCUGAGCUACAUACACGGGGGUCAGCGAACCAUCAUCGACCUGCAGAGGAAUGACGGCCUGCUCCCGGAGAAGCAUUUCCUGCGCUACCAGAACUCCACCAGAGCCGGCUCUAGAAGCGGCCACGUGGUGCGCAAUUUCACCAAGACUGAGGUUGAUUUGUGCCACUAUCAGGGUCAUGUUCGAGGGCAACCCGACUCCAUAGUGGCGCUUUCCACCUGCGGGGGCGUCCUGGAUGGCAUCGUCUUCGAUGGACGGGAGACGUACUUCAUCCACCCCCACGUGGAGAGCACGGGGCGCCUGCAGGACCACCACUACCUGCUGAGGCAGGCGGACAGGCUCCCAACGAACGCCACCUGUGGCUACGACAGCCACACGGAUAACCUCAGCCACGGCGAGGAUGCGGAUGACAACACAGUUCGGGGAAAUCCUUCACUGCCACCUCUCCACCACCUGGACGGUGGGGAGUUCCAGCACACUCUACUGCGGAGACGCCGCAGCACGGACGGCAGCAGUCAGCUGAUCCGGGGACCCUACAACGCCAACAAGUACUCCAGCUACGUGGAGCUGGUGAUCGUGGUGGACAACAAGGUGUACAAGCACUUCCAGGAGAGCGCCAAGAAGGUGCACCAGCACUGCAAGAACCUGGCCAACAUCAUCAACGCGCUCUACGUGCCCCUUAACAUCUUCGUGGCCCUGGUGGGCGUGGUGAUCUGGAACGAGUCGAACGAAAUCGAGUUCUCGAGCGAUGGCGACGUGACCCUGCGCAACUUCCUGAACUACCGGAGCACCAAGCUGGUGGUGGAGCACCCCAACGACAACGCCCAGCUCCUGACCAAGGAGACCUUCGCGGGCGGCGUGGUGGGAAAGGCGCUGAAGGGCCCCAUCUGCACAUACGAGUACUCCGGCGGCGUGAGCAUGCAGCACAGUCCCAACACAGCGAUGGUGGCCACCACGAUGGCCCACGAGAUGGGGCAUAACUUCGGCAUGGAGCACGACUCGCCGGACUGCCACUGCCCGGACGAGAAGUGCGUGAUGGCUGCCUCGAGCACCUCGGUGGUUCCCGUGAGCUGGAGCAGCUGCAGCAUCGACCAGCUGACCAUAGCCUUCUCCCGGGGAAUGAACUACUGCCUCAGGAACAAGCCGGAGCGGCUCUUUGAGUCGCCAACGUGCGGAAACGGAUUCGUGGAACCGGGGGAGCAGUGCGACUGCGGCUUGCCGGAGCACUGCCAGAAUUCCUGCUGCAAUGCACACACCUGCAUGCUGCACUCGAACGCCUCCUGCGCCACCGGAGAGUGCUGUGACCUGGCCACCUGUCGGCCGAAGAUGGCGGGCAGUGCCUGCCGAGAGGCGGAGAACGAGUGCGACCUCCCCGAGUACUGCACGGGCGAAUCGGAAUACUGCCCGGCCGACGUCUUCCGUCGCGACACGGAGCCCUGCGACGGGGGCCAGGCCUACUGCUUCCACGGAAACUGCCGCUCCCACUCCAACCAGUGUCGCAUCUUGUGGGGAUCCACGGGGGAGAACUCGGAGCACUGCUACGACAAGAACAUGUCCGGCGACCGGAUGGGCAAUUGCGGCUACAACCGCCUCAACAAAACCUACAUGCGCUGUGAAGCUGAGCACGUGAAGUGCGGAAUGCUGCACUGCAUCCACCUGAACGAGCGUCUCGAGUUUGGAAUGGAGUCAGCGGCUGUGCUCUCCCACUCUUACGUCAGUCACGAUCGCAAGAUUGUGGCCUGUCGCACCGCCGUGGUGGAUCUGGGCCUGCAAAGUACAGAUCCGGGCCUGACGCCCAACGGAGCCAAGUGCGGCGAGGAUAAGAUGUGUGUGAACCAGAAAUGCCUUCCCGUUUCCACCGUUCGCUCCACGGGCAUGGGCAAGGCCUGUCCGGACGACUGCAACGGAAACGGAAUAUGCAACAGUAUGGGACACUGCCACUGCGACGUGGGCUUCGGAGGGGAGUCCUGCGGCAAGGCGGGAUCAGGAGGAUCUCCGGACAGUGGACCGGCCACUGAUCCAAAUGGAUCCCCGGGCCUGAAGCGCUUCCUGUGCGUCCUGUUCUUCUUCGUCCUGCCGGUCGUGGGGAUCUGCUGGUUGCUCUACCAAUGCCACAAGAACGGACUCUUCGCCAGCGGCAAGCUGAAGGACAAUAUCCUGAAGUCCUCGGGGGUGAGCAAGCCCGCUACCACCAGAAGCACCCAAAACGGCAGUGGCCCUCCGCCGGGCAACGGACUACUGAAGUCGACGCCGAGUAGCACGGACGACAUGGACUCCGCCCUUCUAAAGACACCGGCCGAUUCAGCACCGGCAACCGCUGGAAUGUUUGGAAAAUUCGAUGGCUUCACCUUGCGGCCCUUGAACGACGCCACGACGCCUUCAGGAAACUACAGUGGGCCGAACGUGGCCUUUGUGCAGCCCACCGUGCAGCAAGAUGCUGGUGCGCCCCAGCGAGCUGCUCCUCCUCCGCCGGCAACCAAGACACCAUCCAGUCCCAAACCGGAAACCACUUGGGUGCGGCCGGCACCGGCAUUGCCCCCACCCAAUCCGGGAUCCACAGCAAGGCCAAUAAUUUCGCCGCCGAAACUGGAUUCCAGUACCUUGACCAUGGUACCCCUGAAGGGCAGCACUGAUGAUUUAUCCCCUCGCUCGGGUUCUGUUCCACCUCCGCCAGUGCCCCUUCACUCGGACCCCAAGUUGAAUAUGAAACGAGAUGGCACCAUUCGCCGGUUGACUUCCUUUUUGAAAAAGGACGAGAAACCGCCUCUGAAGGAGAAGACCUACAUUGACAGGGAGCGGUUGAGGACCUUGGAGAUAUCGGCUCCCAUGCCAGUACCUACUGCCCCACAGACGGAGUCCUCGAACUCCGAUUCGGAGACCACUCCCCGCGAGGAGGAAACCCAAAACCUGGUGAAACGGGCCCAAUCAAUGAGAUCUCCUACCAAGAAGGUCCCCUUGCAGUCCUUCGGCUCUAUGCGCUCUCCACCUGGGCUGCCACGUCCCAAGAGUGGUCAGGUGAAUAACUCCAGUGGAACCUCCAGACCGAAAUCGCCCCCUCCUAGGCCUCCACCAGUGGUGGUCAAGAAGACGAACUCGAUCAUAUCGGCCUCGGGCUACCAACGACCAGUUUCCACGGCCCAGCGGUCGGUCGAGAACACCUACGACGACUGCGAGUUUGUCGAGCGGGAAGCCCGCGCCUCCAACGACGACAUCUACUCGGUUAUCGACGAGAUUCCGCCAGCGGCCCAAACUCUGAAGAGAAGCGAUCUGGUGGCCAACCGGACAAGCAAUGGCAGCGACAUGGGGCUGCUGAACGAGAUCGUCAAUGAGCUGGAGAAGAUCAACGGAGAGUCAGUAUACUCGGGCAAGCCAGUGGCGGUGGGAGCCACUGCUCCUGCAGCAGAUACUCCCAAGAGUCCCCAACGACCUGCUCCGCCCAAGCCGGCUAGCAGUGUCCUAGAGGAGAAGGCAGCAGUGGCAGCCAGCACAUAUCAUCGGACUGCGGCUGUAAACGCGCCAGUGGCCCGGGUUAAGCCCACAGUGGCGGACAAGUCUGCGCCGCCUCCCAGCAUGUCUAGCUUCAAGCCGCCGGCGGGAACCGGCGGUCAGCCUGUGGCCCCAGUGCCUCUCCACCAGGCCAAACGGAGCAGCGGCGGUAGCAUCGCAGGAGGAGGAAACAACACGGCCUCCCGUCCCAAGUCUUUUGUGAAGAGCACAAGCAAAACACUGCCCAAUGGAACGGGGGCGACAUCUGCGCCCUCGGCCACUAUCCAGAAGCCCAAGCCGCUCUCGGCCAAGCCAUCGUUUAGCGGCGGAGCAGCUGGAGGUAUUCCGGGAAAGCGGCUGAACGGGGCGGCGGCCCCCACUCCGCCCACCGUGAAGACUACAACGGCGCCGAAGUCCAGCAUCGCGUCGCUGGCCCAACGAUUCGAGCAGAACAAGUAGACUAAGACCGUGCACUGGGCGGGGGCGAGGGCCAGGGCGAGGUGUAGGAUGAGACGUGAGACAGGACACAGUUCCUUACAGAUUAUUUAGGUUUAUGUUGAAGAUGAUUCCGUUGCUUUCGGCUAGUUUGUUUAAGAAUACCAUGUAUGUGAAAUAUUUUUCAAAACUCGUUUUGAUGAUACAUUGAAAAGUCCCUAUUCAUGAGGGCAGAAUAAUUUUUAAUUUGAGUGUACAUAAUCAGAGAAAAUGUUUUUUGUUUUUAGGUUUAAAUGUAUUCUUACGAAAUCAUAAUUUUCAGUUUAUAUCUAACAAAAUGUAUAUUUAUCUUUAUUUAAGUUAAAAUGGAAGUUAAAAGAGAUUGAGAUUGUGUCUAUGGAAGACCAUGACAUCACAGAUGCAGUUUAUUUUUCAAAAACUAUGAAGUCAGAGUAGUUAUCGCCUCAGCCCCGAGGAGAAGCAAGCUCCCGCCCUCUGUGGAUUCGACUUUUAAGCUUUAGUUAAGAUACUCUGACUGCGACUAAGCCCGACUCGACUCUGAUAUUCAUUCCUGAACCGAUCGACCCACUAUUUAGGCAUAAGCAUGGCUUCACUCAUGUGCUAAGUUAUGUAUCUCAAUUAAUAUGUUAAUGUUUAAGCGCCGCUUGUUAAGUUUAGUUUAGCCCUAACCGUGUAUGCAGGCUCUUCGCCGACACCUGUAUUUAUGUAACAUGUUUGUAUGCAGUAAGAGUAUGCUUUUGUAAAUAGAAACCAAAGAAGUUCAAUUGUCACAACAAAGCGCCGCCUCGAGUAAUCAAUUAAAAGAUGUACAGCUGGGAUAUUGAAAAGUAAAGAGAUGAGGAGAGAAAUAUGUAAACUUAAAAAAUAAGAAACUAACAUUUUGUAGUGAAAUCAAUUUUAACUGUCUCAAUGUUGCGAAUUACGUUGUAUGCUCCUAUGUAUGUAACGAUAUCAAACGUGUAUAGAACCGAAGUUAUGUUAUAAAAUAUAUGUUCACCUAAACAUUAAA